AUGGCUAGAAAGUUAGAUAAUCCUGAAUAUUGCCCUAUAAAUCCAGUUCUUCCAUCGUAUAAGCCAAAGAUAAAUGAUGAAAUUCAGGAUCUUUUCGAUUCUGUACCUAUUACUAAUAAUGCUACUUCAGAUUAUGUAGGCUCAAAGAGCCAUGAGUGUAACUCGCCCCUAUGGGCCUGUCCCGCAAUAGAGCAUAAAGUUUCUGAUUCAUCGAGUAAUACGAUUGAUGAAAAAGCUUUAUCUUUAGAAACGUCAGCCCAUAAUCAAUCUGCUGGUCUUGUCCAAGAUAGAUGCUAUGUUGAUACUACUAUUAGUGAAGCCCGCACAGUUGAGAAAAAAAUACCCGAAUCCUUAACUCCUCUAUCUUCAGAAUUUCUUAUUAAAAACGAAUCUGAUAUAGAUGCCCUUAUCCUUCUUUUACAGCAAAAAUUUAAUAUGUCUCAAGAAAGAUUAGAAAAAUGGAAAAAUAAUAUUCUCUUCGAAAUGCGAGAUAAUCAUAAUUACUGGAAAAAAGAGCGCGAGAGUAUGGAUGAGGUCGCUUUCUUGAAAUAUAAACGAAAUUUUGAGGCUAAAAUGAAGGUUCCUACUACUCCAUACAAAAAAGAAUUAAAAACCCGCUCUUUGGCCCUCAUUGAAUAUGCGUAA